AUGAUAAUUCCCGACAUUGACACCGUGGCUACGAACCAAAGUUCAGCCUUGCCUCUAACAGACGACGCAUGGGAGACAGCUCUGGAGUCCCUCCCUUCAGCUGAACGUAAUAAUGGGAAGAUACCUGCUUUUUUCUUUGCUCACGGAAGCCCCAACCUUCUUCGCGACACUACUGGAGACCCCUUGUUCUCUAACAUGCGUAGUCAAGAUAUUAACGGAACUCUACCACGUUUUCUGAAGAAAUUUGGACCCGCAUUGAUGGAUAAGUACAACCCCAAAGGCAUCGUAGUGUUUAGCGCACACUGGGAAGAAGAUGAAGAGGUCCUAGUGAGUAACUAUGAUGAGAAUCCAUUGUUAAUGGAUUACUAUGGUUUUGAGCCUUGGAUGUACCGAGUCAAAUUCAAAUCCCGUGGUGAUCCGGAGCUUUCUGAGCGAAUCGUGAAUGUCCUGAAAGCUGGGGGGUUUAAGUCACGUACACUCGGGAAGACAGAGUGGAGGGGGCAUGACGGAAGACGUGGGGCUAGCGGAAUCGGGGUCGGAAGGCUAUUUGGUACUUUCUGGGGGUUAACUAUACACACUUUCCAAGACUGGUCAGCAUGGCAUGAGGACAGUGCCGCCCCGCCGUACCUGGCAUUCCAUAAAGCUUUGUUGAGAGCCUUGAUCGUUCAGGAUCCGACUGAACGAAAAAAGGCCCUCCUAUCACUUACUUCUCACCCUGCAUUCCGUAUUUCUCAUCCAAGGGAAGAUCAUUUCACUCCACUCUACGUUGCGGCCGGUGCCGGAGAUAUUGGCGGGUCGAUUGUGUUAGACGCAAACUAUGGCCUAGCUAGCGUUGCAUUUGGAAUCGAGAAUCAGAGAAAUGCAUAA